AUGCCAGUGCUGAGAGACCAUUACUAUCGCCUUGCCUCCGAGCUUCCAAAGGAGCGAAUUGAAGCCGCCACGGCCUUGCUUUCUGAGUUACAAAGUGAACAAUCUAAAGAAGAAUGGGACUACGCAUUGAAUAGAUUGAUUAAAGGUUUAACUUCCACCAGACAAAGUGCUAGAAUUGGAUUUUCCAUGGCACUUAUCGAAGUACUUUCCCUGCUCAUUAAAGACCCAGAGUCCCCAGAGACUGUUGUUGGCUACUUGAAGCAACUUAUGACUUUGACUGAAGUGAAGUCAUCGAUGAAGGGAAAAGAAGAAAGAGCAGUAUUAUUCGGUCGUUUAUUUGGUUUACAAGCCAUCUUAAACUCUGGACUCUUGUAUGAUCGUGAAGUUUCUCCCUUGGAUGCCUUACAGGAAUUCACUUCCUUAUUAAUCCAAUUAUCCACAUUAAAGUCAUGGAUCAGAGAAAGUACCAUUUUCACCUUGUGUUCAUUUAUGAGUAAAAUGGAAGGUACUCAAGAAAAUGAAGGUUUAUUUGUAUCUAUUUUCCAACAGCUUAAUGAUGCUGGUCUUAAUUUGACCACAGAAGGUGUAGCUGUAUACUUGUCUGUGAAGUCAAACAAUAGAUCUGUGUAUGCUCAACAAGUGGAAAACCUCCAACCAAGUUGGAAAAAUGGUGAUCCAUUUUCAAAGGGUAACCUUCCUUUGCUUACCAAGGUAUUGAAAGAUGUUGAAGUUGUUGCAGCCGAACAACAAGAUGAUGAAAAGAAACAGCAACCUAAACAAAAGAGUAGUUGGAACCCAAGAGUGCAUUUUGUUUGGGAUUUAGUCAUUAGAGAAUUAGUUGAUAGAGAAACUUCAAUUUCAGAAGAAGUUGAAGAAUCUUCGAAAAAGAGAAAGAAGUCUUCGACUUCAAAGUCUUCAAAGAAAUCAAAAUUAUCAAACAUCCAGUCAUUAGAAGAUCCAGCUAAACUCUCCAUCAAGGAGUUCUGGAAAGUUGUUAUUGAUGAAUCACUCUUUUCAGAAAAAUCUUCUCAUGAAAGAAAGUAUUGGGGGUUUGAUAUUUUCAUUAAAUUUGUAUCAAAUGUCAAGGAAAGGGAAGAUUUGGAAGGUCUCUUUACUCCAAAUUUGAUCAGGUGUUUGAUUAACCAAUCAGCCCAACAAUCCCGUUUCUUGAACAAAAUUUCUGUUCAAGUAUUGAAGACAUUGGUGGAAGUUGCUUCAGCCAACCCUGAUAAAGCCCCAACAAUUUUCUCGUGUCUUAUUAAUGAAAGUCAUGGUGGAUGUUGGAACUUUGAUUUGGUUACUAAAAGUAAAUGUACUGAUGAAAUCCUCACCAAAUGUACCGGAGAAUCUUUAGAAGAAGUUAAGAAUAUUUUGAUCAAGAAGUUCAAAGAAGCUGUGAAACAAGCUCAAGUUGAAGAAGAAAAGGUAAAUGAGGAAGACGAGGACGAGGACCAAGCUAGUGACGAAGAAGAAAAUGAGAAAAAGAAGGAAAUUCUUAAGUCUUCCACUGAUAACAUUCAAAAAUGGAGUCUUGAUAAAUUAUUAAUGUUGAUUCGUGCCAACAAAGCAGCAUUGAAGGAUGGUGACAGUUCAUGGCUUGAAGAUAUUUUCAAGGUCUUGAUUGAAAAUUCAUUCUUUAAGAAGAGUAGCCGCAAUGUUUCAGUAAAUAUCAAGAAUUUGUCUCAAGAAAGAUUGAACUCUAUCUUGGCCGAUGUCAUCAACUUUAAAACAACCAAAGGUGAGCCUUGGCCAUUAUUCUGUAUCAAUUACAUCACUGAAUUAGAAACAGACGAGGACAAAUUCUCCUUAUUGGAAAGUUUCGAUGAAAGCUUAACUUCCAAUAAACAAGAAACUUUGGAGAUUUUGGCUGGAAUUAAGAAAUCAAUUCGUAAGGCAACCAAGAAAAAUGAUGAAAAUCAGGUGGAUCAACUCUUUUGUUUCCAAUUAUUGUUUUCCAUGGUUUUGAUUCAAUUUUACACCGCAGAUGAAGAAGCUGUUUCCGUUCUUGACGAAUUGAAAUUAUGUUACGAUGACAUUGCAAACUCUGGAGAAUCUGAAGUUGACACUUCUCAAGUGUUAACUGAGAUCAUUUUAUCUUUUGUGGCUAGAAAGUCAACUUUAUUGAAGAAGCUCUCCAUGAUUAUUUGGGAAAGUUUCUUAUGUUCUAAGGGUGAUGAUAACAAUAUCAGAUUGAAUGAAGAGAGUUUGAAAUUGUUAUAUGAUGUUUUAGAAGCUAGAGAAAACAAAGAAGGAUUAGAAAAGAUUUUCGAAGGUCAAGGAGAAUUUGAAGCUGUAAAUGAAGAUGGCGAAAGUGAAGGUGACGAUGAAAAAGAAGAUGAUGAAAGUGAAGACGAAGAAGACGGAGAAGAUGAAGAAGACGAAGAAGAUGACUCCUCUGACGAAGGUGAAGAGGACGACUCGUCUAACCCAAUCGAUAAGGAAACCAGUAUUAAGCUUGCCCAAGCAUUGGGUAUCCCUACAGAGACUUCUGGAGAAGUGAAAUUCUCUGAUUUAUCGUCUGAGGGAUCCUCUGAUGAAUCGGAUAUGGAUGACGAACAAAUGAUGGAAAUUGAUGGACAAUUAUCCAAAAUUUUCAAAGAAAGACAAGAUGCAUUAUCCUCCGUAGUCAGUGGUAGCAAGCGUAAGGAAGAGGUUAUGGAAGCUAAGGAGCAAAUGAUUUUCUUCAAGAACCGUAUUUUGGAUUUACUUGAAUCUUUGAACAAACAUCAACCAACCUCGUACUUAAACUUAACCAUGAUUAAGCCAUUGGUAGUUUUGAUCAAGUUAACCUUGGAUAAGAAUGUUGGCUUAAAGGCACACAAGUUGCUCAAGACAAAGAUUAGUAAGACUAAAGUAACUCAAGCUCAAAUUGAACAAACUUUUACUGAUGAAGAGGAACAAAAUACAUUCAAAGAAUCACUUGUUGAAUUAAUUGAAUGGUUACAACAACAAGCCAGUAACUCAUCAAACCAAUCGCAUUCUAUGGCAUGUAACCAAGCAUGUAUUAUAGUGGCCAAGAACUUGAUUGGAAUCGAUGAAUCCUAUUUGGAAAAAGUCAUUGAUAUCUACACCGCUUCAUUGAAAGAAUGGGCUUCUACAAAGAAAAGUAAGAUUCAAGCCUCAAUGUUCUUUGACUUUAUUAAUUGGUUAAACUCAAAACGUUAG